AUGAAUACAAAUUAUAUGUACCAAACAUAUGAUGGAUCACAGAAUCAAUAUCAAAAUAAUAUUGACCCUAGAAAUCGUCCAAAUUAUGUUAAUAUUCCUAAUAAUAAUAGAAAUAUUCAAUAUCAACAAACUGAUAUAAAUAAUCCAUAUAAUUAUGGUUUUAUAACUAAUCCACCACCUAUUAAUGGUUCUUUAAUGAUGAAUCAAUGUCCACCAAAUUUACAACAAAAUAAUAAAGACAACGUAAAUAUGCAAUUUACAAUUAACAAAGGAGCGGCAAAUGUACCAAGUCAUUUAUCAUCACCAUACCGUCGUCAGGACAAUAAAAAUAAUUCGGGUUACACAAAUAAAAAUAAAAAUUCAUCAUCCACUAAAUCACCAAUAAAUGAUAAUUGGAAUUUAGAAUAUAAUAUGUCACAAGGUGGGUGGAAUUCACAUAUGAAUGUUUCAAUGGGCGGAAUUAAUCAAUCUAAUAAUUGGGAAGAUAUUAAUAGACUUCCACCUCAAAAUUCUAAUAAUUACCGUAACAAUAAUAGAAAUAAUUUUCAUGAAGUUAAUAUUCAAUCAAAUACUAAUUCACAAUAUUCUCAACAACGUAAUGAUAUAAGAAAUAUUAAAUUUCCAACAAUUAAUCAACCUCCAAAUAAUCAUAAUAUAUCAUCUUGUAUCUCUAAUAAUGAUAUGAAUUCGGGUCAAUUUAAUCCACAACUUAAUCAAUACGGUGUUCCAGUUUCUCGUUCUAAUACUAAUUUUUAUAAUAAUUCACCGGUACCUAUAAAUACAGUUUCCAAACAAAAUGUUGGAUCAAAAGGUAAUAAAAAUUAUGGUGGUAGAAUAAAUUAUAAUUAUAAUAAUAAUCAAAAUACAAAUCGCAAUAUUGUUCCACAAAAUAGUGUACUUCCAGGAAAAGUUGGAAUAUUUAAUGUAUCAGAAGAUUCUUAUUGGAAGAAUCCUAAUGAAGAAAAUUUAAAAAAACAAAGAGAUAAUGGUACAUCAAUUUGGGGUGAUCCUGAAAAAAAUAAUUCUCUUCCAAUAAGAAGAUGGGGAAUUCCAAGUAUUCCUGAUCUUAUUGAAGGUAAUAGUUCAAUAUGUGACACUAAAAAUACUAAUGUUGGUUCAUGCAAGAUAAUUGUCGCUACUGGAUGGGGAGAUAUUGAGAAAAAAGAUGAUUUAAAAAAAAAUCCAAAAGAAUUUAAUAAAAUGUCUGAUGAAAGUAGUUUAUAUAAUCGAGAUGAAAAUCAUUGGUCACCAGGUAGCGGAAAAGGAAAUACUUUUGAAACAUUUAGUAAUAAUCAAGAUCAUGAUUGGAAUUUAACAGGAAAUACUAAUAUAUAUCCUGAUAUUAUUAGAGGAUUCCAAGGAAAUAAUGUUUCAACUCCUUCAGAUGAAUAUUCUUUAAAUUCCUCUUCACAGGAAUUACUUAAAAUAGCAGUUUCUAAAAAUCUGAUUAAUAAAAAUCUUAUUAAUAAGUUUUAUGAUCCACAAUCAACGGUGUUUAUGAAUAAUCUUCUUUCAUUAGUUUCUCAAGCAGUAAUGUUAGAUGAUAAGUUAGGAAGUACAAGAAGGCAUGAUAUGGAUCCAAAUGAUUUUGAACAAAAACAAAGGUACAAUUCAAUGAUUGUAGAGAUUGCUAAAGUUAAAAAUGAAAUAGAAACAUUGUCAGAAAAUGUAACCAAUAGAGCAUUUGGUAAUAAUAUAUCAGCUAAUAGUAAUCUUCCAUCAAAUUAUCUAAUUGCAAAUGUCCAUAAAGACAUUAAUUUUGCUGCCUUCACAGAUGAAUAUCUUUUUGAAAAUAUCUCCUCAACAACAAAUUUUCAUUUUGAUAGUGCCACUGCUGCUGUUAGUCGUUCAUUGGCCAAUCUUGAUAUAUCUGGAAAUGGUGAAACUCCUGAUCAUAUUUUACAUAAUGAUGUUUGGAAGUAA